AUGGGCAGCCCCCGCUCGGCGCUGAGCUGCCUGCUGUUGCACUUGCUGGUCCUCUGCCUCCAAGCCCAGGUAACUGUUCAGUCCUCACCUAAUUUUACACAGCAUGUGAGGGAGCAGAGCCUGGUGACGGAUCAGCUCAGUCGCCGCCUCAUCCGGACCUACCAGCUCUACAGCCGCACCAGCGGGAAGCACGUGCAGGUCCUGGCCAACAAGCGCAUCAACGCCAUGGCAGAAGACGGGGACCCCUUCGCAAAGCUCAUUGUGGAAACGGAUACCUUUGGGAGCCGGGUUCGAGUCCGGGGAGCUGAGACUGGCCUCUACAUCUGCAUGAAUAAGAAGGGGAAGCUGAUUGCCAAGAGCAACGGCAAGGGCAAGGACUGCGUGUUCACGGAGAUCGUGCUGGAGAACAACUACACGGCGCUGCAGAACGCCAAGUACGAGGGCUGGUACAUGGCCUUCACCCGCAAGGGCCGGCCCCGCAAGGGCUCCAAGACGCGGCAGCACCAGCGCGAGGUGCACUUCAUGAAGCGGCUGCCCCGCGGCCACCACACCACGGAGCAGAGCCUGCGCUUCGAGUUCCUCAACUACCCGCCGUUCACGCGCAGCCUGCGCGGCAGCCAGAGGACUUGGGCCCCCGAGCCCCGGUAG